AUAUUGGAGUGAGACGCUGAACUUUGAGUCGCAUUUUAUCAUGGUAGCGCGCAAGUCAAGCUGAACCAUUUGGAUUAUUGGGAGUCCAGCGCUGUCAGUGACACAGAGGGCUCAAAAUACUGUAGACUUUAAAUUCACUGAACACCACUGUCAUGAUACAGUAUGAUUAGAGCUCUUUGAACAUCGAUUAAGGUUGUUUCACCAGGAUCACGUUUGGAGUAAGGGAUUGGAGACAAUUUGGCGAUUUCGUUCAUCAUCCGACGAGUUUACGAUGUCAGGAUCUUUUUGUAGAAGUUUAUAUGCCUUCAAGGGAGAUCAGCAUCAGCAAGGGUUGAAGUUUGAGGCAGGUGAACUCAUCAAAAUAACACAAGUUCUGGACGGAGGUUGGUGGGAGGGCGAAAAAGACGGAGUGAGGGGAUGGUUUCCCUCAACUUACGUUCAAGUAGAGAAAUUAUCUUCAAUGUCACCAAUUGAUGAGCCACUGCCCAGAGACUGGAAGUGCUACAUGUCACCGCAAGGGCGGAGAUACUAUGUCAACUCCAUCAGCAAUGAGACUACAUGGGAAAGGCCGUCCAGCACGCCUGGCACCCCCAAAACUCCAUUAAAACAUAAGAAUUCUGUACCUACAGUGAAUGGAUUUCAUGGCAAUGGUAGCCCAUUGCAACAGACUGAACAGUCACAUGUACUGAUGCGGAAGACAAGCACAGAUCAACAGAGUCCUGUGUCUACUUCACCCACCAGGAAGCUGGAGCGAGAAUCCACAGUAACUAUCAACUGUGUGACGUUCCCUCUUCCCCUGCACAUGUCUGAACAGCAGCUGCUCAAACCAGAUGAGUGGAGCUACUGCGAUUAUUUUUGGGCAGACAAAAAGGACUCGCAGGGGAACGCCACCAUCUCAGGAUUUGAAGUUUUGCUCCAAAAACAGCUGAAGGGGAAACAGAUGCAAAAAGAGAUGGCAGAGUUUGUGCGGGAGAGAAUCAAGAUUGAGGAGGAGUAUGCCAAGAAUCUGUCAAAGCUCUCUCAGAUCCCACUUGCGGCACAGGAGGAGGGCACGCUUGGAGAAGCUUGGGCCCAGCUGAAGAAAAGCCUGGCAGAUGAAGCAGAAGUUCAUCUCAAGUUCUCCUCCAAGCUUCAAAGUGAGGUGGAGAAGCCCCUCCUAACAUUUCGGGAAAACUUUAAAAAAGACAUGAAAAAGUUUGACCAUCACAUGGCAGAUCUCAGGAAGCAGCUAGCCAGUCGAUAUGCUGCGGUGGAGAAGGCACGUAAAGCUCUCGCAGAUCGGCAGAAGGAUCUAGAGUUAAAAACUCAGCAGAUGGAGAUCAAACUGAGCAGCAAGAUCGAGGAGGACAUCAAGAAAGCACGCAGGAAAUCUACACAGGCAGGGGAUGACCUUAUGCGAUGUGUUGACCUCUAUAAUAUGUCCCAGUCCAAGUGGUUUGAGGAGAUGGUCACCACAAGUCUGGAGCUGGAGAGGCUGGAGGUGGAGCGAGUGGAGAUGAUCAGACAGCACCUGUGUCAGUACACAACACUACGACACGAGACUGACAUGUUCAACCAAGGCACCAUAGAGCCAGUGGACAAACUGCUUCGGGAUGUAGACCCUGUGAGGGAUCGAGAGCUAUGGGUGAAGGAACAAAAGACAGGGGAAGCGAGACCAGUGGACAUGGAGAUCUAACACCAUGGAGACCAGACUCACCCCACUGUGCUGGGACACUGUAGCUCCUGCUGGGUCUCCCAACAUCCAGUGAACAUUGGUCUGGGAGGACUCAUUCCCUAAUGCAUUCAUAGACUGGAAGAGAGUGGCUGCUUUGGAGUGAUGCUUCAAUGCAGCAGGUUGGAUGAAGAGAAAGAGUGCCCUCUAUUGUUUGAUGGUUGUCCUGGUGUGACAUUCUAAGGUCUGGUGUGAGGUUUUGAUUUCUCAAAGAUCCUCUCCAGCCUUAAACAACAAGGCAUUGUAAGGGUAAAUGUUUUUUUCUUUUUCUUUUUUAAACCUAAAGUAGAGAAUAAUCAAGUCUCAAAUGUAACAACCAAAAAGAGGGCAGAGAAAGAACCAAGUGAACCAAGGUUGGAUACCAUAACUUUUCCACAAAUGUGUCUGAAAGUGGCACAAAAAAGGUGAGGUGAGACAAUGCAUCAAACGUUGUAAAGGGAAAAUAAGUAGAAUGUGUUAAUAUAUUUCACUCAGGAGAUCAGAUGCUUUGAAAUCAUACAUACAGUAAGGUCAGUAUUAAAAAGUACUAAAAUAUAAAUGCUGCUGUUGUAAAAUGCAUUCAACUACUACAGCUGAUUUUACAGUAGAUUCUAGCUAAACAUGGCCUAUUCACACCCUUAAAGUCAAGACGUGAUUGUGUCCAUCAGGAAUUGAUUGGAUCAUGAAAAAUGUGCGUUACAUUCCAUGAUGUUGUCAAGUGGUUGGAAGGAAGGGGUUGAAAGGGUAUGAGGGAUCUUGCACAAUAAGACCAGGAACAUGCAUAAACAAAGUAAAUACAGUUGAUUUGGUCUGUUAGUAAAAUUUGAUGUAGACUUUAUGUAAAAGUUUGCAGCUAAAUUUUAUAUAGGAUAUACAAAAGACAAGGCAAUAUCUUAAACAUAUACAUAUUCAUUUUUAUUAUUGUUACAGAGACUAAAUGAAAAAUCUAAGCAGUCAGUUUUGAAGACUGGCUAGUAUUGUUUUGAGUAUUAUUUUUUGUCUAUAGUUCAUAACUUUACAGAUGCUCAUAGUCUUUGUCUCCAAGCAAAAAGACUCCACACUACAGUGUAAUUGACCAGUCCCACUUUAUAUUAAUAUUAGGUGUCUUUAACUACUAUGUACUAAUAUUAAAAUACAUAAAAUACAAUGUACUUAUUGUGUAACUACAUGUUUUUCGGCAAAAUUCUCACAUGAUUCACAUUCACUGCUACUGAGGUUGAGGUACGGGUAGGUUAAGGAGCAGGGUUAGGGGUUAAGGGUAAGGGUAGGGUUACGUUUAGGGUUAGGGGUUAAGGUUAACAGUGUAAAUGCAGAUCUAAUUAAAUGCAGGUACUUUAAAUACAAGUACAAUGCAACAUCAACAACAACGUAUGUACAUAAGUACAUUGUAUCAAAUGAAAAAAAGUGGGUCCAGUUGACCAACUAUGUGAAGGGUUAUGAUCACUUAGUAACAUAGUCCAUUAACAAAAAUGGCACAAUGCCUUGUAAGGUUUUUUUUUUAUUGUUUGGGGAUUUUUUUUAUUCUUUUUUUUUUUUUUUUUUUUUUUUAAUGUACAGUAUUCUCAAACUGUUUAUGUUAUUAUAUGAGUCCAGUUUUGUUUUCCCCAAAGGAUUUACUGAAGGACAGGACAAAAGCAUCUGCUUAACACUGGCAAAUUGUGUAUAGUGAAAGAGGUACAGAUAAUAUAUUGAAAUUAUUCUGCACAGUGCUUAUUUUUAUAUCAAAUCAAGUAACACCUUUUUUAUUGUCUUCAAGGUCUUUUAACUGGAUUUAAUUGUUUAUUAGAUUUUUUUUAUAACUGUCAUUUGCAAAGAGUUCAUCUUAAGUACUGAUUCAGUAAAAAAAAAAGUUAAUGAAGAAUAACUGGUAAAUACAUCCAUUUAUUAUGUUUUCUGCAAUAAAAAUGCUAUUAAAUUUAAUGUUUAACUGAAUCGGAUUUGAUUGCACUAUUUAUGUAGUUGUCAUUAGUUGGUAUCUCAAUAAAUACAAAACUAAUGCAAACAUUACAUUUGAGCAAGGAAAUUACACAUUAUAUUCAUUAUCAAUGCAUUUCUAAUUAUUUGACAUGUUAUUUCUAGAUAUUGGUGAGGCUGUGUUUAUUUAAUUUCAAAGUGUAUGUGAAUUUGUGACAGAAGAUUGUAAAUAUUACAUUUGUUGUUGUGUGCAUAACUGAAGCUGGUCACCAUUUCGAUAACUGUUAUAUCUCUUGUGGUCUUGCUUACAAAAUCAAUGAAACAUUCAAUCCUUACAAUAUAAAACUAGCAUAAGAGUAUAAUAAAGAAUAUUAUGGCAACA